UCUACACGCGUAUAGUACGGCCGGCGAUGUUGCGCUCAUCGGAUACGUGUUUUAUGAAGUGUGUGUGUUUCGGCUUUAGUUCGUACGGUGGCGUGUAAAAUCAUUCGAAAAGCGCACGUGUAAAUUCGUCGUCACUGCCACCGUUUUUUUUUUUUCAUAACAUAUUUAGUAUUGUGAAACUUUUUAUAUUUUCCGUAACUUUACGAACUUGUGAAGUUGACGAAAAGUUUGCUUUCAUUCACCUAGUAUUCAUAACUGAAAAUGACUGGCCAAAAUUGAGUCUGGGAUUUUUAACACCUGUUGAAUAAUCCAAAAAGAAUAACAAUGAUAAUCAAAAGAGCGUUGUGGCUGUUAUUUUUACUUACGGUAGCAGUUGUAGCACAAUCAAAUUAUGAUCAAAUCGAGAAUAGUAUUGCAUAUCCAAGUCCUGAAAAAGGUUUGCCAGAGUCUACAGUGUUAGAUGGCAAAGUUACAAAGCUUGAUGAAUUAUCCCCCGUUAUAUUUUUGAACAGAACUAAAGCGGCUUUAAAUUGCGCAGCCGGCUACAUGCAGAUUGAACUGAAGUUUGAAGAACCAUUUUAUGGAAGAGCAUAUGCUGAUUUUGACCGAAGUAGUGCGUGCACUGUGACCGGAAAAGGUAACAACACUGCUAGAAUCGAUUUACCAUUGAAAGGAUGUGGUACAAAACAAGAUCCGCAAAGAGUAUUCACGAAUAAUAUUGUGGUCAGGUUUCAUCCUUUUUUGGAAAUGGACGGAGAUGAAGUAGUAACAAUUGUAUGUAGAUAUCCUCCACCUUUUGCCCCGCCACCUGCUGGUAUUCCUAACAAAAUUGUUGUUUUACCGUCUACUCCAGUCGAAGCACCACUAAAAGGAUUCCAAAUUUUAUUGAUAAUUUGUGGAAUACUAUUUUUGUCUUUAGUACUAUUGGGUCUUGGAUGUUCAUAUUACUGCUUACGUAAUCAACGUGUUCAAGUCGUUCGGAGACAUCCACUGUCAUCUGUUGCGUCUGAUAAAUUGUCUGAUUCUAGUUUAUCUAUGUUUGAUGGUCUUAAAAUACCUCGAGCUCGUGCUCCAACAUUAGAUAGUUCGUCUGGUUCAGAAAUGGCUUUGGUUAGUGCUGGUGAUACAUUACCAAGUGAUUACCCAUCAGAAUCUCCUAGUUCAGGUCAAUCUGAAGCAGAAGACGUAGACGGCAGAAGUUUGAGACUUAGUUCGGGAGGAUCAUACGAAAAUCGUGCAUUUACACAAGAAUAUUAUUCGGAAAAAUAUCAACAUGAAUUACCACCUCCACCUCCUGUACAGCCCAAGUUUGAUGUACAACUUAGAGUUAAGCGAGCUCCUCCACCUACGCCAAGUCCAACUCCACCACCUUCUGAGUCUGAAGUUAGUAUAUCGGCUCUUGAACGCAAUUUAACGACUAUUUUGGAAAAAGAUGAAACUUCUAUGAGUGUAGUUGAAGAGCAAUAUAGAUUUAGCCCACCACCAAAGGCCCAAACACCACCUGUUUACUCAACUGUAGUACGUAAAGAUAGAGAUGAAACAGAAUGGUAUAGAACUGAGGAAACAGUGGAGAUGGAAAAACGAAAGAAAUCUCCACCACCGCCACCACCAAAAAUCAAACCAAAAAUACAUACUGAAACAUCAAAAUACAUGAGUGAAAUGCAAGUAGAAAUAGUUGAACCUCCGGUGGUUCCAACUAAGAGACCAGAAAUCACUUCUCAUACAGUUGAUGAUGUGUUUUUGAAAACUAUUACGGAGAAAAAAACAAUUGAAGAUGUGGAACGACAUAGAAGGGAAGUUGUGGAAUAUAAACCCAAACUAUUACCACCUCUAGGUAAUUGGGAUGUGACUAUUAAGAACUAUCCAAAUCCUGAAGCUCAGUAUCCUCAAUCUGGCGAAGAUACAGCAACUGAUUGGGACAGUUACUCUGAGGCUUCUUCUGUAGUAGGUUACCCAACUACUGGUAUAGAUAGGCAAUCAAGAAUUCAAUCAUAUAUGUCUAAUGAAGAAUAUCAAAGCUAUUUAAGUACUUUAGAAGUUCCAGUACCUAAACCAAAUAAUUGGGAAUCAUUGGUUAAAGUGUUAGAACCUGAACCUAAUGCAAGGUACCGAGUCGAGCAAACAUUAACGUUAGAAGAUAAACGUAAAUGGAGGCAGAUUAUUACAACUGAGUCAACGCUAAGAAAGUUAAUAACUGAAGCUACUGUGAAAGAGGACUAUGAGCGCAUUCGAAGUGAUCCAAGAUACGAGCGAAUAUUUGAACCUGAAAAGUGGGAUGUUAUAAUUCGUGUGUUAGCACCACCUCAACACUAUGAUCAAAAGUCUGCUGUCUCUUCGAGUAGAUACACUAAAAAGAAGACAGAAUUUGAAGGUGCUAGAACAAGACGUAAUUCAUUGCCAACAUUAUAUGAGUAUGAUUCAGAUGGCUCAAGUGUUAGAACUUUGACAGCAGGUGACGAUCCUAAUCACUUUGGACAAGCUAGAUCUAGAAGAACUUCAAGAUCAAGUUUUAAAUCUGAUAUGGAUGUCAGAUCGAUGAGUGAAAUGACUGUGGAUUUCAGGCGACCGGAUAUGCCAGACAACUACAGUGAUGUUAGUUCUGUAUAUAACUAUCCAAGACGUGGAUCUUCUUAUUAUGCAGAUGACGAUGCCGGAAGUUUAGUGCGAUCACUUAGCCAACCUUCAUUGGCUCGUUCAGCUUCGGAGUUUACUGAGAAUUGGGGAGUACGUAUUCGGUCAUAUGAUGAUGGUGAUCUUAGUAGUCCUGAACAUACACCACGUUCUUCCUUCAGAGGUAUGCCAGGUAAUCGUCACCAUACCGAGAGGACUGCUACAUCUUCAUCUGGUCAUCAACAGUUUUCAACAUUCAGCAGUAGCAGUCGUCGAGUUUUUGGUGGUACAGGAUCAAAAGAAAAUUGGUACCAAGAUUCAGACGAUAUCGAAACUACUUACAAAUAAUUCGACUACUAAACACUUUCUUCUCUUUUACUAAUUUUGUCUUAUGACAACGUCCUUGGCAUUAUCAGUUUCACGUUUAAAUAGUUUAUAUUUUUAAUGGAUAAUUAAUACCAUUAUGCAUUAUAUUUCAUGUUUGCGUCAAAGCAAUUGAGCUGGUUAAGUGCAAUAGAAGUUGUUUUUUAGUUAUGUCUUAAUAAUAUUCAGAUAAUAAAUAUUCGCAACUAUUUUCAGAAAUGAAUUUAAAUUAUAAAUAUCAGUCUGAUGAUCAUAGCUCAUUAUUUAAGCAAUAUUACUGUUAUAUAUUUACGAAUAAUAUUUUUAAUUAAUUCACUAAUAUUUUCUAAUCAUUAACGUCUUAGUUAUUGAUAUAAGGAUUUAACUUGUAGAACUAUUUGUAUAAGCCUUUUUAUUAUGGUCAGCUAAUAUUUUUCAUCAGUGUUAUUAAUUUCUAUAAAAUUCUUAUUAUCAAAAACUUAGCUUAGAAGUUAAAAAUAAGUUGCGUUAAAGUGCCAAACUAAUCAGUAUUUUAGAUUUUUACUUUUUAUGUGUACUCGUUACAAAAAGUUUCUAUUCAAACUGAUAGAUCAAUUUAUAUUUUUUCACUUGUUAGGUUUAUUAAUUUUAUAUGUUCCUAAAGAAAAAAUUACUAAAACGAAUUCUAUUUAAAUUACUGUGAUAUGUUAAUCUAAUUUAUUUAUUUUAUUAAAUUAAAUUUAUUCGUUUUUAUUUUUUAGGAAAAUUUGGCUAUAUUACUUUUUAUUUAAAAUUAUGCUUCUUUUUAUCUUCUUCUGACAACUUGCAAAUUUCAAAUAUAUAAAUAUCAAAAUUUGAUAUUCUCACUGUAUUUGAUAACGAGUACACCUAUUAGUAACUCAUUUAUUUUUUAAGUCAAAAAAUUAAUUAUUUUGACUAACUAGUUAUUAGGUUUAAAAAUUAAGAACUUUUUCAAUCAAAUUUUUCAUUGGUUACUUGAAAGCUAUAUUAAGUGACAACUGGAAAUUUUCAUUGAAUUGUUAGGGUGAUUUAACUAUGUAUAGUAUACUAAUAUUAUAUAAUUAUAUUAGAGUUUAUAAAUUAAUAAAUCAAAAGAAAUAUUUAGCGAUAAUAUCAAAGGUAAUAAUAUUACUUCUGAAUGCAUUGUCUCCUAACAGUUUAAUUUUGAUACUUAUACAUUAGUUAAUAUUAUAUUUUUGUAAAUAAAAUUUUGUGAAAUAACAAAAAAUAUAAAUUGUAUCACUAUUUUUUAUAAUCUAAUAAUAAAUAAAAUUUCAGUGAAGCUGAAAUUUAUUAACUUGUUCA